AUGGCCAAAAAAGAUUUUGAAAAAAAAUUUGAUUUUAAAAUUGAACCAGCAGGGUUAUUUAUACAUACAAAACUUAAUUAUUUAGCCGCAAGUCCCGAUGGACUAAUAGGCAAAGACGCAAUAGUUGAAAUUAAGUGUCCUCAAAGUAUAAAGGAGUAUUUACCGGAAGAAGCAGUAAAUAACAAAAAAUUAAAAUUUAUGAUUUAUAAUGAUGAAAAACUAAUAUUAAAAAAAAAAUAAUUGUUACUAUUUCCAAGUACAAGGACAACUUAAUAUUACAAAACGAAAAUGGUGCUAUUUUGUAGUGUGGACGCCCAAAGGUAACUUAUACUUUUUACUUCAUUUUUUAUUUCAAAUCAACAUAAUCUAAUAUUUUAUAUUUUUUUAUAGGUUUUGUAGUUGAUAAAAUAUUAAGAGACGAAGAAUUUUGGAAAAAUAAUAUUGAACCACAAUGCACAAAAUUUUAUAUGGAAUCUUUAGUCCCAGAAAUUAUAGACUCGAGAUUUGAUCGAGGAUUACCUAUAAGAUCUGGUUUACCGGAACCAUAA